CAAGUCGCGUUUUUCCGCUCGCAAGUUGGUUAUAAGCCCCCAGGUUCGCUUAUAUCCUUCCGCAAGUUAGUAGUUUUUUCGCAAGUUUGCUAUUGGAUAUAGCUUCAGAAUAAGCAAAGCCUAGGCUGUAAUAUACAAAUCUCCGUCCAGCCGUCCGGAUACCCGACAAUUGGUCACGAAAGAUAUGAACACUAACAUUCUGGGAAGGAAUAUGGUACCUAUGCUGUUCAGCAGGCCAUGUCGUGAACCCUUGAACCCUCUGAAAUGACGUUCUCAGUGCGCCCCACUGAGUUCGAUCUAUCGCUGUCUUGCAGAAUUCCGAGCAUUCAAAUCUAUAAGGGAGUACUGUCUAGACUGAGUCUGAGCGGCUUUGAAUCCAAAGAUCAAACACCCAAAGGAAAUGUAUCUGAAUUCAUCACUGAAUAAGUGAUGGAGAAGUAGGUAAAGAUGAAUAGAACGCUGGAGGAAUUCGGGCCAUUAUGGCAAUGGCGGAAUGACGAGUGUCAAGCACCGAAAUAAAAUAAUGUCGGCCGGUUCAGUGGCCACCUCGUCCCGAUCCGAACACGCGCCCCCAGAUCUUAUUCAGAGAUCUAUGGUAACAAAUGAUGCCGCCUGCGAGGGUGAGGUUUUGAGAACUCAUUGGGAGUGGAAAAAUCAUUCUGCCAUUGUCGUUCGGGUUACGGCCUGCAGGAACAAUAUUCCUAUCGUACCGAGCCAUGCGCCGCCUAUACACCCUUUCGAUUCUCACCGAAGCUUGCUCGCGAUCCUGAACAACAAGCCAUAUGUCCCCGGCGAGAUCCCAAAAGAUGCGCCGACCCUGCGUACUGGUGAAUACAUUAGAUGGUUCCUCUUAACCCUCCUCGGAAAUUUUCGCUACGACGAUAGGAAGGCCUGGGAAGAGCGGGAGGUAUUCUGGCGCCGCGUACAGCUCCAACACGAUCCGCACACCGAACCUGACGACUGGGAGGACUUCAUGCGAAGCAGAAGGGACGAAAAGACCCAGAACUGUCGCGCCAGUCGCGACAGACAAACCAACACAAUAUACGACAAUAUGGCAUCGGUCAGUCCGUCGGGGUUGACGACGACGACGCCAAAUCUCUCGCCUCAGCCUCAUCACUGGCACGAGGCAUUCCAAGCAGCCUCGCCGACGCUAUAUCCACCAUUUUCCAUUCUCGAUACCGGAUAUUCGGUCGGGUUCCUUCUUCCACGCUGA